AUGAAAUUGAAGCACCAAAAUCUAGAGUCAUUUACUGAUCGCUCUAAAAAUGCUAUGUAUAAAAGUUGGCAUAUUCCUAAUGAAAUAAUAACAGCUUACAAUGACCUAAUUCUUAAGACAUUCGUGCAUGAUAUUAAUGCUGCUAUAUCAUUUACUGAGUUCCCGGGUGAAACGAGUAAUAUACCUAGGUAAUAAAGAACAGUUAAUAUUUUUUUAGAGAUUUUUCCACUUUGGUCAAAACAAAUUGAGGUAAGAUGUUUUACAGUUUAUUGAAGAUAAAGAUUAUUGGAAGAUCAAUAGCAGAUACCAAUCCUACUACAAAAUCUUUUUUGUAUCCUAAGAAAUCAAAAUGUUAGUGUAAGUACUAUUACAAAGAAUUUUUUAAAUGAAUAAUUAUUUAAACUGAAAAGUUUUGACCUACAAGAUGAAUUGAGCGUCAUAACGCCGUCAUACAUUACCUACCAUGCAGUCCAUGAAUUUUACAACUGGCAAUUUUUUCUGCUUUCGAAGAAAUUUCUUUGAAGAAAGAUGUAGAUAGGUAAUUUAUCAGCAUCAAAUAAACUUAUUGUAUCAAUACACCAAUUUAAGUUUCAAAUAUCAAUGAUAAUAUUUACUGGUAAAACUGUUUUUAAUAUCAUUGUUAUUAAGCAAAUUUUUACAAACAGAAAAAUUAAAUGCAAAAAAUGUGGUUUCUUUUGUUGAAACUACACUAACUAGUAACUACUUUCAUUGAUAUUCGUUCAAAUGCUGAUAAAAAAUUGCAUAAAUUAAUUAAGUUGGUUGAGAAAAGUGCAAUACAUUAGAAAAUACUGUUUAUGUUCCCGGGAUAUCUGAUGUUUUUAAUGGGAAUUUUAAAUUUUUUAGAUUAUCUUGCAUCUUAAGGUAAUCUUAUCACUCAAAUUUAUCACACGUUCGUUCGGUAUUCUGUGUACCUUAGAUCAUAUACUAUAGAUUGUUAUUGACUAAAUAUUUGAAGAAAACAUAACUAAGGUGAGUUGGGACAAAUGGAAAUGCACAAAAUUAAUAUCACACGUAAUUAGUUGAAUUCAAGUAAUCUCAUGUGACGUAUCCACCUAAUGGUAUAGAUAUUCGACGAGUACUAAUACGCACGCGCAUUCACUUUAGCAAUCCCUAAUGAUGUUAAUGAAUGAUGACUUUAACUCGUAGUAUAGUAGUUGUUAUCUAUCUCAGUGUCUGUAUAUUAUCUUAUUAAUUCGUGGUAAGUGGUUUUAAAUGGUCCAAUUAUGACUGAUAAGAAGAGAAUGACCAUUGUAAAAGAACCGUGGUACGAAUAAUUAGUAAUUACCGUUGUUAUCAAUUAUUAUUAAUUUUUUUUUUAAAUUUAAUACAUACAUAUUAAAUAAAGUGAAUUUAUUUAUUAAUUAUUAACUAUAUUAAAUUCAUAGCGAAUAUUCUACCAUAAUUAUCUUAAUUUUUUGUAACUUAACCUAUACAUGCAAUUUGUUUCAUAAUUAGAAUCAAGUAGAUUUCAAAUAAUGGAUACAAACACCUAUUUUAGAUAUUUUGACUUGGAAUCGAUUGAUGUUACUUUGAAAUUCUGUCAGUAUGAGUAUGGUGAUGUCAACUGUGUAGUAUGGGAUGCAGCAAUAGUAUUGGCUAAAUACUUAGAAAAUUUGUUUGUACAAAAAAAAGAAACAUUUGAAUCUAAAACAGUGAUAGAACUUGGAUCAGGAUUAGGAUGUGUUGGUCUAACUGCUGCAUGUUUCGGGUAAAUGUAAUUUGUAAGUCAUAAAAUGCUUGUAAAAUUACAGUAUUACAGUAUUGAGUUUAAAAUACGCUGAUGGUAUUCUUAAAUAAAUAUUAUUUACUAAGGAAAAAAUGUAUCUUUUUGAUUAUUUUAUUAUUAUCUAAUAAAUACAUGAAGUGUAAACAUAUUUAGUUAACUCAAUACAUUAUUUUAAAGGUUUCAUAAAAUUAUUUAAAAAUACAUCUCCAUUGUUUUUAGUGAAAGAUAUCAUUGUUGUUGAAUUUAUUAUAUGUAUAGAUUCAAUAAAUACAAAUACUUGGAAGUUUAAUCUGGACAAUAUGUUACGAUUUAUUGAUGAACGAUUCUGAUAUAUUGUUAGUUAUCCUAUUCAAAAACGUGAAAACAAAAUUUCCCCAGGAUUAAUUGUCAGUGUAUAAAAUUAUGACAGGAGGCCGAUUGAUAGCAUACGUUUUUUUUGCGGGGACCAUUUGACCGUUUCCCAUUCUAAAAGGUUUUAAUAAAGUUCUAAUUUACAGACUAUAUUUGAGGUGCUUUAUUAAUCGAAAACUAAUGUAAUAUUUUUCAAUAUUUUAACAUUUUUUUCAAUACCCAAAAGACAUAGGAUGUAGUGUCAUUGAAAAUGGGUCUGAAAUAAAAAAAAUUGUGUCAUGUAUACACUUUUUGGAUAGAUAAUCAAACAAAUGUUAUAAACAUUAUUGUUAUCGGUAUUCCUUUCUCGCUACCACAAAGUCAGAUUUUAAUUCAUUAUUAUCACAAUAAUUUUUUUUUCAGAGGGAUUGUUACACUUACAGAUUUGUCGGAAAAUGUACAGCAAUUGAAACAAAAUAUUGACGAAAAUAAACAUUUUCUAAAAGGAAAAGCGCAAAGUAUUACACUUAAAUGGGGUACUACUUUUGAGUCUGAGCCAUUUGAUUUUUUAUUAAUGGCUGAUUGUAUUUAUUAUCCAGAAGUUAGUGUACUUAAAAUUGUUUAUAUUAUUGUUUGAUAAUCAUUAAAUUAAUAAAUAAUAUUAUUAUAAAAAGGUAAUAGAAGCACUGGUAAAAACAAUGAUAGAGUUGACAACUCCAAAUACAGUUAUAUUAAUUAGUCAAGAACUCAGGGAAACCGAAAAACAAAAGAACACAUGGAAAAUGUUUAUAGAUUUAUUGACAGAAUAUUUUACAUUAUCAUAUAUUCCAGAAGAAGAACAGCAUCCAAUUUAUAGAAGUUCUGACAUAGUCUUAAUAAAUGCAAAAAAAAAAAAAUAA